AUGAAUAAUCAAGGAGUGCCCGCUAAUCCUAUAGGAGGAGAGUUAGGUGAUGGUGUUGGGUUGCAGCCUCCGAGGGUUGGUGACGAGAAUAAUCAAAUUCAAGCUGAGAAUCUAUUGAGAGAUGCAGUGAGGAUGCUUACGGCGAGGGGCUUGUUUGCGGGUUUGGCAUCAGAAGAUCCACAUGCGCACGUAACCAAUCUAAGGAGUGUUUUCAAAAGUUGUGUGGGCCGACCGGAUUUGGACAUGGAUGUCAUUGGAUUGCGAGUAUUCCCUAUAUCAUUGACCGGCGAUGCUGCUGUGUGGUUUAAUGAGCUUCCUUAUAACUCAAUCUAUACAUGGGAACAAUUGACUGACGCGUUCCUAGCAAGAUUAUUUCCAGUGUCCAAAAAGAUGAACCACACAGAUAAACUCAACAAUUUUGUAGCACUACCUGGAGAGUCCAUUGCGGAGAAAUUGGAGAACAUCUCUCGAAACAAUAAAGCUUGGAGCACUAGAAAGUCGGUUACUGAGAGAAACACGUUUGCCAUUCAAACUACAAACAACCAGUCUGCAGAUGAGAUUCGUGAGGAGAUGGCUCAGAUGAGGACUGAACUAGGGUUGGUUUUGAAGCAUGUGAGCGGAGGUGUGGAGAAGGUAAAUGUUGUGAAUUAUUUGACUAGGAAUCCAACACUGGUUGAGGAGUGUUACUAUGAAGAAGAUACUUAUGUGGUGAAUGAUCAGACGGGGAGUUUUCUACCAAACGCCCAAGGUUUCAAUACGGAUAAUUGGCGCCAAGGUCAAGGAAACCAAGGUUGGAACUAUGGCAACUACAACCGAGAAGGUCAAUAUGUCUGGGAUGGAAACUACAAUCGCGACAACAACUAUAACCGAAACAACUAUGGUAAUAGGAAUGAGAGAGUUGGACCCUACGUCCCUCCUGGGAAUAGGGAAUCUGGCAAUAGGGAAGCUGGGGAUAGUAUGUCGCGCGUUGAGGAGAUGAUCGAAAAGAUGUUGAAGAAGUUUGACACUACUGAUCAGAAUGUGAAAGAUUUGUGCACUAAGUUAUCCAAAAUUGGCCAGAAAGUUGAUGCCCAUGCAGUGUCGAUAAAGCAACUUGAGCAGCAGUUUAGUCAGUUGUCUGCUAUUGUGAAUACACGCCAAUCAGGAACGCUUCCCAGUAACACCAUCCAGAGUCCAAAGAAUGAUAGGCAUUGUAUGGCAAUCAUGACUCGCGGAGGAAAGCAGACUAUUGACCUCCCCAUGCUAUCCGAUGUAGAAAAAGUGGUAGAAACAGAUGGUGAUGAGAUUGAGGUUACCGAAGAGACUAAAAAUGCCACAGAGAAGGAAGCAGAGAUAGCCCAAAAGGUUGUUCCCAUGCCUAGACCUCCACCUCCUUUACCACAGAGGUUAGUGCAGAAAUUUGAAUAA